ACUCGGCCUACAGCUCGCCUGCUGCGAGAGGCCGAGGGACAGCCGGGCCUGGCGCAAGACGCAGCGUGCCCGGCGGCCGCUGCCGCGCAGCAGCCCUCGCACGCCACGGCGAAAGGGAUCCCGGCAGGGCAGGGCCGGGCCCGGCCACUCCUACUACGGAACCCAGCGCGGCCGAGGGCGCCGCACCGGGGCGGCGGGGAGCUCAGCGCCGGGAGAGGCAGGGCCCCCGCGGCGACCGGGCCGGGCGGGGCGAGGCGAGACGCGGGCGGAGGCCGGUUAACUGCCGCCCGCCCCCUCGCCCUGCCUCCGCCUUCCGCCUGCCCCACCGGCCCAGCGCUGCCUGACGCGGCUCCCGCCGGCGGCGGCCCCUCGCGGCGAGAGCGACGACGGCAGCGGACCACAAUGAACGUGGAACAUGAAAUUAACCUCUUAGUUGAGGAGAUUCGGCGGUUGGGAACCAAAAAUGCUGAUGGACAAGUGAGCGUGAAAUUUGGUGUGCUCUUUGCUGAUGAAAAGUGUGCCAACCUCUUUGAAGCCCUAGUGGGAACUCUUAAGGCUGCAAAACGACGGAAGAUUGUCACUUAUCAAGGGGAGCUACUUUUACAAGGUGUUCAUGACAACGUUGAAAUCAUGCUGCUGCAGGACUGAUGCAGUGUUUCAGCAAUGCAUUAAUGGAAUUGUUUGAGACAGUGACUUGCAACAUCCUCUGAAUAAGGCUGACCAUUCUAAGGUGUUUUGAUGUAUUUUCUAUAUCUUUAUAGUCAAAAGGAAACUGCCCUAUUUUGGAAAACAUUCCCUUUUAUAAUUCUUCCUGAAAUGGUACUGUAUGUGACUAAGGUAAAAGAUGCCAGAUCUCUCUUUUCUCUUUUUUUUUUUUUUUUUUUUUUUUUUUUGAAAAUCUCAGGUAAUGCUCUCAAAUGUCUGGUGGUUUUUUUCAACAUUGAAGGAGACUGGUAAUUUAAUGUUUACAAAUCAAAAUGUUCCAUGAAAGUAUAAAAUAAAAGCACAUGCUUAAAUUUAUGUAAUUCUUAUUACUGUUGUUUCUUUUUUUAUUUGCAAACUGAAAUGAAAGAAAACAAUUCCUGUAAGAAACAUAGUUAAGUAACUGUACAGAAAGCAUGACAGUGAGAUAGAAAUAAUUUUGUAGCACGAUUCAAUUGAAGAAUGACCAUCCCUUGGAGUGACCAGAUUGUGCAAAAAAAGCCACGAAUGAUAGAUGUACUUUAUUCAUCUCUGGCAGUGUAAUAUGCUUUCUAUUUUUUUUUUUGUCCUCUAGACUUUUGAAGAAAGUGGGUGAGGAGCUCCCUGUGUGCUUUCAUGCAGUGUUAACCAGAAGAUAGUACAGCAGCUUCAGGUUGUGAUUAUUUUCCUCACAGAAAUCAUACUUUCUCUAAAUCACUCCAGGCAGAAAGCAGGAGGGGAGGGAAAAAAAGCUCUUUUGAUUUUCUAGCUUACUGCUAAUUCUUCUUAGCAGGUAAAGAUGCUUCCUCCAGUAAGGAGAAAGAUUUGCUGCAUGAGGAAAGCAACAGUGCUAAGCAAACUGCUUACUGCUCUGUGCUUCCACUUUGCAGCUGCAGCUCUUAAAGUUGCAGGAUGGGUGAAUUUCCUUUUACUUAGCAGCCUUUUACAAGUGCAAAAUGCUUGAAAAGUGUCUUAUUUCCAGAUACAGGAAAUGCACACAUGGUUAUGGAAUCUCUACAAAGCUGUGCAAUUCCAGCUGCUGCUUCUUUCAUCUUUGUUUGCUCUGCUUCGCGCAACAGGAAAACAACUUAAAUCCUGUGUGCAAACAGAUCUGGGCUGCCUCUGCCUGUGCUGGCCUCGAAUCUGGAGAGCAGGGAAGUGAUAUGCAGAGAAAAUUGAGCUGUCUGGGUCCAAGCCAGCUGGAGCAGAGAAGCAGAGCAGGAGCUCGGCACAGCUUACUGUGCCCUGUCACUCCAGUGCAGCUAUCCUGCUUCCAGACCUGAGCUGACAAGUGCCUGCAGCCCUGCGCUCCUCGAGUGGAAAGAAGGGGGACUGAGACCCAGGCCCUCUCCAUGAGGGGUGAAACCAGGCAGCUCUGCAUUACCAGAUAACUGCAGUUGUUUUUUCCUCUGUCUCUUGUUUUGUCAAAAGCCUGAGUCCUUGUCUGGGUUCAUAGGAUAGCCCAAGUAUGCCGACAGAAACCCAGUGCUUUUUCUGAGAAGCUGGUUUUGGUAUGGGAGGGCACCAGUCCACCCCAGCCAGGAUAUAGUUCUCUGUGUGUGUUCACGACAGCUCUUUAAGCACGGAAGGGGCCUCGGUCUUGAAAAUUUAGUUUUAAAAAAAAUCCCAACAAACCCAGUAAAUUUAAGGCUCAGUGCUGAGUUGGAGCUCAGAUGGGACUAUGAAGAUACCUUUAUCUCUUUCUGGCUUUGGGCAACCUGGUCUAGUGGAGAGUGCCCAUGGCAGGGGGGUUGGAACUGGAUGAUCUUUAAGGUCUCUUCUGACCCAAACCAUUCUGUGAUUCUAUGAAUCUCUCAUUUUGGAUUUAUCUUCUUAACAAUGCUAAUAAACGUAUUCAGGGCUCCUGGGAACACCGUGUAGAAAGAGACAGAGAAACUUGGCACUAAAAUCCAUAACAACCAGAGGGGAAUGUGACUGUGUACUGCUUUCAGAAACAGAGGGAAAACAAAUCUCAGCUCCUCCAGGCAGAAGACGAACAACACGAACAAAGAUAUAUAUCCAAGAACUUGCCCUCAGUGCAACGCUUAAUGUGUCUGCUGGCCCUAGAAUUGUGUAGGCGUCUUCACGUCAGGUUAUAUACAAGAACUUUUGACUUUGUUUUGCUUUUUUUUUUUUUUUGCAAAGAAAAUCUAGUACUAACAUUGCUUCAUGUGCAUGAGACCACACCUCUGUUAAGCAAAUAAUUACCACAGCAAAUGGACUGGACACAAGAUGUAGUUCCUGGAGCACUUAACAAUAGAAAAGUUAACUAUGGGGAAGGCAUUACCUAUUUUUGUAAGCAGUAGGGCAAUCAGCAGUCCCCUGUGACGGGUUCAUGACCUUGCCAGCCAUGGGUCUGAAGGAAGCCAGGAGCACCAGUGAUUCCAAAGCAGCAAGUCAUUCUCCUCGCUGCUGGGAAGUAGGAAGAUACAGAGGUCUUUGACAACAGUAUAGAAGAGUUGUCAGUAGGGCGGUUACCUGCCUGUGAUAAUGCUGGGAAAUUAGUGAAAGAGUAGCUUAGCUAAUUCAGUCUCCAUCUAUAUAAGAUCCAAGAGCAUGGUGGAACCUUGAAGAGAGGUUAGGUGAGCUCCAGGCAAAUCUAGCUGGUACAAUUUAAGAUGUUACCACUGUAUGACUUCAGCAGGGACUGUUAGAGUAACUGAUGGAGUAGAGUGUAUACACUUACCUCAGCUGCUUCCAUGCAAAGUCCAGGGACUGAAGGUAAACGUGCUUUUCAAAACGGUUUUGACUAAGCUGUGAAGGUGCUGAGAUGCAGGUUUGCGUAACCUCUGGCGAGGGGUAGUAACAUCUUAAACUUCGCAGCUAUUUCUCUUGUGCACAUAGGUUUUUGCUGGGCACUUGAGCAAAGGAAGGGUUGAAAUGUAUGUGAUACUAUCUUUUACAUGCCUCUCUUAUGUUGGAAUGAAUUUUAAAAAUGUGUGUUGUGUUUUGCUUGAUUCUCAUCUCCUCUCCAAAGCUUUGCUGGAGGUUUUGUUUCCACUUCAAGGGAUUUCUUUCAGUGACAGCAAUGUCACUUUGGCCAUUCAUAUCUGUGUAAAGUUGGUUAUCUUUACUUAGUUUCUUUGUACACAAAAACACUUGAAGGACAGAACAAGAGUAAGAGGAGCAGGAAGUUCUUACAUGCUCAAACUGAUUAUAUUGCCACUGAUACUUAGCAGUUUUAUUUAAAAACAGUUGGAUGUUGCAGAAAUAAAAUGAGACUAUUGCC